GUGGUGUACCCUGGCCAUGACUAUGGCUACGAAUGGUCUACCAUUGGCAUUGAGCGAGAAAAGGGCUGUCUAGGAGAAGAUCUGGUUGGCUUCGAUGCACGCCCAACCGAUAUAGAAAAGGGAGCAAAGCCAGAUGUUCAGAAGCGGCGGUCAAUGCUGUCCACUCUAGGAGCCAACCUGAAGAAUAAAGAUAAAGGACAUUGGUUCUUUAACGGAUAAGACAGACGGAGAGACAGUAGUAGCCAGAGGACACAGCUAUAGAUUAUAACGUUGGCUACCCCGCAAUUCAAUUCGCUUCGCUUCGCUUCUUUCUUUUUUUUUUUUGUUGUUGUGUUUUUCCUGUUAACCCAUACCAUAUUACAUACCAGCUGCACACACUUUUUGUUUUUUUGUUUUUUAUGCCAAGUUCCCCUGCUGUAGAAUCACUCAAUGAUCAAAUUGAUAAACUGUACAAUGACUGCCUUGCCAUUAAGCAGGAUGUGGAUCAUUGGUUAGAGCAAGGUCAUAUAGAUGGCCUUUACCGCUUUGAUCAAAUGGUCACGGCCGAAUUAAAAUUCCUGAACAAGCUCAGAGAUUCCCAAGUUCAGCAACCAGAUCAAGUGAUUAGCUCCAAUCUCUGCUACUUGGAUGCGGUGCAUAAAGCGAUCUCUCAAUCCAACCAUGUCACGGCGGUCAUGAAGAACUUCUCUCUCAAAGAUAUGCCGGUGCAUUAUUCAGCACGUAGCAUGGCGUCGGUCAAAGUGGACGUGGUGGCGGAGAACGGACUGGUGUGGAUUCGAGUUAAUGCGCGAAACGCAAAAGGACUGCGGCACGAGAUUGCUGGUUUGGAAGAAGAAAGUGACUACUCGGACGACGAGGCUCCAGUGGAAGAAGAGGAUAGUCUUGCCAUCUUUCGAAAAGCCAAGGCUCUCAUGGCGUGUGCUGAGCGACAUUUGGUUCAUUUUCGUAAACCCACCGUGGUGUUUGCCUUCAUGCGUAUCGCGCCGGGAGACGACCAGUAUGUGGAUGAACACAUCAUUGGUAAACUAUGCAAUCUCGGAGUUACCAUAUACACCAAAUCUGAAUCCACAACGUUACCCCAAGUUUACUCCCACCAUGUUCAAGACCCAAUGACUGAGAAGUUGAAUUUAGAUGUCAGCACGGUAUUAGCAUUGAUCUCCGAAUUGGUGCAUUGCCCAAAUGUUACGCCAGCCAUGGUUCGCGGAGAAGCCCUUCAAUUGCAGGCUACACAAGAAUUAUCAAGACGUAUAUUACCGGACCUUGCCAAAUUAUUGGAUAAGAAACAGCUUUAUGUAACGCAAGCGGCUUUGGAUAAAUUAAAUAGCAUCAUCAGCGUGGUGGGAGGACCGAAUGAAAAGGCGCGGUUUGACUACCUAUUGGGCCGAAAUGACAAUGUUGAUCUGUGGAUAAAUUACCAAGCGGCUGACCUUUCAUACCUCCGACUGACAGUGAUGGAGGACAAACCGACGGAACGUUUUUUACAACUUUUAGACCCUCCCGACUCGUUGCUGCAACGCACAAGUCGUUUGAACAAUGGACGGAAGAUUCGGUCCAAAUUUAAUGCUUUUCAUGUCAAUGUCUUUGGCACGGGCGAUGCAAACAAGAUGACAACAUUGACUUCUAUCUCUUGGAUGCGCAGGGCUUUAGAGGAUGCUGGAUUGCCAGGUGUUGCUAUUGUGGAACAUGAACCUCGCAGUUUGGCAGAACAGAAAUUACACAAAGAGAUUGAUUUUGACUGAAUGACCUUGUGCCUCUGUUUUUUUUUUUUUCGAACAAAUGCUCAGCACCUCGGAAGGCAGGAUGAAAUAAAUUUCUUUGCCCCAAAUUUGAGUAACCAAUACGAAAAUAUGACACUUGCCCAUUUAUGAGACGUUCUGAACCCACACAGCGCCAAAAUAGGCUUCGUUGUCAUGUCAUGGUUCUUUCAUGCUGUUCACCGC